AUGGAACGUUCACUGCCGGCAGACUAUCGGUCAGAUUCUAAUGUGAAUACAUUCCAGGCCAUCAUCAUAGGAGCCGGGCCGGCCGGUCUGGCCGCAGCACUCCGUCUCCAACAGUAUAACCACAUUUCCGUGGUUGUAUAUGAAAUUCGCCCAGAACCAACGACACUUGGCGGCGCAAUUGGAAUUCCGUCUAAUGGAUUAAGGUUAUUACAUAGACUCGGAUUGUAUGAAGCUCUUAGAGCCAGAGGCUCUGAGACCUCGAACCUGGUUCUGCACGCUGUCAAGGGCAAUGCCCUCGGCACAGCGGAUCUCACCUCCUGGAGCAAGGAGAAGACUGGAUUUGGGUAUUUGAGGAUACGGAGGACUAGUCUGAUGGAGGUCUUUUACGAUGCGGCCAAGGAAGCAGAUAUCCCGAUCCACCAUCACAAGCGGUUAGUGGGGAUAGCUGAAAACAGUGAAGGAGUCACCGUGACGUUCGAGGAUGGUACAAGUGACACGGGCGACGUCCUCCUUGGCUGUGACGGUAUACAUUCUGCAGUUCGCAAAUUGUAUGUUGAUCCCGAUAUGUCGCCCGAGUACUCGGGGAUUUCAAAUAUCUUUUCUUUGCUGCCGACCUCAACGCUGCCACCAGCUGCGUCAGCCCUUGACGGGCUCAACGCAACUCUGACAACUGAUGGGUUGCUGGCAUUAUCACCGUGCACCCCAGCUGGUGAAAUGAUCUAUUGGUUCUUCUCGCGGCAACUUGAGAUGCCUCCGGGUGGUGACAGCCGAGAUGGAUGGGAAGAACGGGGUAAACAGGAGGUAGAGAACCUCAAAUCUACCCUGCUCGAACUGCUGAAAGAUUCGAAAGGCGAAUGGGGACGUUUGUUGAAGGAGGUUAUCCGCCAGACGGAGGUGGUGAAGUUCUAUCCGGUCUUCAGGAUGAGGUUAGGUGGGAAGUGGUCUAGGGGACGAUGCCUUAUUCUAGGUGACGCCGCUCACGCGAUGCAGCCUCACGCCAGCCAAGGUGUUUCGAUGGCGUUAGAAGACGUUUUCCUGCUGUCGAGGUUGCUCGAAGUCCCUGGGCGCUCGCUGGAUGAUGUUUUCGCAUUGUAUGAUCAGAAGAGGAGGCCUCGGACGGAUGAGAUGACUCGAACUGCGGAGCGCAAUGGAAAUGUCCGUAAGAAGACCGAUCCGUGGCGCCUAUGGCUACAAGAGUGCGCUGUAUCGGGAAUAUUGGCGGUCUAUAAUCUGUGCAAGUUGGACAGGUUAGGCCUAGGACAGAAGCCAUUGGCCUACGAUGUUGAGGAGGAGGAAGUUUGA